AGAACUCGUACGUGUUUUAGAGCAGAACUCUGGUGUUAGCGCGCGCGUGGUGUUCUCUCCUCUUCAGGACCGAUGAGAGCUUCUCCAGGGAGCCUGAACGAGCGCGCGCUCCGUUUGAACCGAGCUUGAACGUUCCUUCUCAGAAACCAGUCAACUUUUCUCAUGAUAACAGACUCGCCUCCGGACGUGCAGCUGUCGCGGAGCAGCGACGCCGACAUGUUGGAGCUGAACACGGAGCUGGAGAGGAUGGCUGAUGCUGUUGAGAACCAAACAGUGCAGGUGACGUGGAUGGCCCACGACAUGGUGGUGCUGCGGACCAGCCCCGAGGUGGUGGACUCCAUGCAGGAGCUGCAGGAGGCUUAUCUCCGGUGCAAGUCGGCUGUGUACGGAGAGCCGGAGUCCGGAGCUGCCUGAUGCCACAGCGUUUAAUCAAAGAUGAUGUGUUCCCGGAGCUUUCUGUAGUUGCAUCCAUGUCUGCGUUCAGGAGCAACUUCCUAAACCGGUUUGGAUCUGGUUAUCAGGCGCCGGCAGCAAAAUAACAAGCAAAAAAUAAAAAUGCACAUCUUAUUUAGAUAUGUAUUUUGAAUCAGAUCUACAAAUGUAACACUAAGAUUAGAUCUAAAUGUUUUGAACCGAAUAUAUUUAGCUGUAGAGGAUGUACACUCAGGCUGCUGUAAAAUACAGCACAGCAACAUUUAGUGCAGGCUGAAGAGAUUUCCUUGGUAACGAGUCCCUUUAAUUUUGUGAAUCGGUUUUUUUAGGAGCUUUUGUGACAUUUGAUUUCUUCACCCUGCUUUAUUUUGGUGUGUUGCUUUUGUUUUAGGUCGGUCUUGACAUGUAUGUCUGCUAAAUAGCUUGAAACCCCUAAUAUUCAUAUUCAAGUGUAUUCUGCGUUUUGAUUUAAUGUUAUAUACUUGGAUCUAAUUCAAAAUAUGCAGAUUGAACUUUAUUUGGAGUUGGCCAGAUGUAGCAUUUAUUUAAGUUGCAGGAGUUGAAUCAGGCCGCCAGCCUGUUUCCUGGUCUCUAGGUGUAAUUUUAGCCUUUGUGUCUUUUCUUUUCAUUUUUCUGAAAUGUUAAAUAAAAAAUAGAAGAAGAAGAA